CUUUCGGACUCCUACGGUCGGGACCGAGUAUGUUUCAGGUCAGAAACAAUAGCAGGCAAAUCGGGUCGCGCCAUCCUCACGGUGGAGGAUGAGUGGAGGGGGGAGAGACACACACGCAGAGAUAGAGGGAGAGAUCAGAACUGAAAACACAACACACACAGUCUUGCCGACAGCGCCUUUUACUUUUAGGGUUUCUGAUCUGUGCCACUUGACCUACGCAAUAUCUAUGAGCCUCAUCAGUAUUGCCAUCGCCCUAUGCUGUGUGUACUCCGUAUGUCUUGCUGUGUGGGGAGUCACUGUCUCUCCCAUCGUGAAUAGAUUGCGUGUCCUGACUGAGAGACCCACCGGUAGUCCCAGAAAGUCACCGUCGGGACCCUCAAUUGAAGGAGCCUGACACCUGGAUUGACAGGCACGCCCACGCUAGAGGACAGCCUAGUCUACCGGUUUCCUUUAUCCUGAGUCCUCUGUCCGUGGGAUGAUCUGGAGGCUG